AUAGAAAUAUUAUUCUUAACUUCGAUAUUAAGAAAAAAUAAUCUGAUUCAACCUUCAAAAAUGGUUGGGUUAGAGGCAGACUUGAACAAGGAUGACGAAUGUGAUAAUAUUGGUUUAGGAUGUGCAUUAGAGCAUUUCUCAGAGGUCGAAGAUGUGAUGAACAUGAUAGAUAAUUUGAAAAAUAUCUAUGACACCCCGCAGUUGGAAGUAGAUUAUGAUAAAUUGUACAGUAUUCUGAAGCAAUAUUAUGAGCAACCUCACCUACUUGAUCCACACUUGGAUAAGAUUUUAUCGAAGUUUAUUGCAUUGAUUAAGGAUAAAGAAUCUCCUACGGGAUUAAAACAUGCCACUUUCAAUUAUAUGUAUCAAAUUAUAAGAGUCAGGGGAUACAAAGUGGUUGUAAGGCACUUGCCUCAUGAGGUGUCAGAUCUUUUAACUGUUUUAACAUUCCUAGAAGCACAAGACCCAAUGGAUAAAGAAACAUGGCGUAGUAGACUUGUGUUGCUUCUGUGGCUCUCAAUUGUUGUUAUAAUUCCUUUUCAUAUGAGCAGAUUGGAUGGUUUUGCACCAGACCAACCAGGCACAGCUGAGUCAUGUAAAAAAUUAACUGUAAUGGAGAGAAUUUUCAACAUGUGCAAAUUAUACGCUUGUAGUAAGGAUUCCUGUGCUGAGGCUAGUGCAUAUUUGGCCUCUAAGUUUCUAACCAGGUCUGAUGUUAAAGAAGUUUAUUUAGGUGCUUUCUUUAACUGGGCUUGUGAUUUACAUUCCAAUUUGAAAGAUCAGGACACAAUACAUUAUGGUGUGUUAGCAGCAGUGGCUGCAGUACUCAAACAUGGGAAGAGAGAUGAUUUAUUACCCUACACACCAAAGUUACUUCAGUGGGUCACGGAUCAGAAUUACAAACAUCACAGUGCCAUGCUCGUUAGAAAGUAUGGAGUUAAAAUUGUGCAAAGAAUUGGAUUAACAUUUCUGCGGCCUCGCGUAGCAUCUUUUCGGUACACGCAGGGCUCAAGGUCCCUUGCAGUAACUCUUGGAGGAGUCGCGGCGGCCGGGGACACCGAACCCGUAGCCGCCCCGCCUGAUGAUGAUGACCAAGAUAUACCACAGGAGGUUGAAGAAGUAGUGGAACUACUAUUGUGUUCUUUGCGUGACGACGACACAGUUGUGCGUUGGUCAGCAGCUAAGGGUGUGGGCAGGAUAGGAGCGCGCCUGCCCGCGCUCGCCGCCGCCGACGUGUGCGAGAUUGUUCUCACGCUUUUUGCUGAGAACGAACGAGAGACGGCAUGGCAUGGCGGAUGCAUGGCCUUGGCUGAAUUGGCUCGUCGCGGGUUGCUGUCCCCUAUGCAGCUGAGCGGUGCGGCGCGGUGCGUGGUGGCAGCUCUGGCGCGGGACGAGGCGCGUACAGCGGGCGGGGCGGGGGGCCGUGCGGCGCGCGACGCGGCAUGUCACGCCGCAUGGGCAUUCGCACGCGCCUACGACGCCGCCGCGCUCGCACCGCACGCCACCGCCCUCGCCAACGCACUCAUUGCGACUGCCUGCUUCGAUAGAGAGAUCAACUGCCGUCGUGCGGCAUCCGCAGCGUACCAAGAGAACGUGGGUCGUCACGGCAUGUUCCCGCACGGCAUUGACGUGCUGACCACCGCGGACUUCCACUCUGUGGGUCCGCGGAACAACGCGUACUUGGUGAUAGCGCCGCAGAUCGCCAGCUACCCGGAGUACACGCGGCCGCUUGUCGAUCACGUGGUCGAUCUCAAGAUAGAGCAUUGGGACUACGCGAUACGAGAGCUAGCGGCUCAGGCACUUAAUAAACUCACUGAUAAGAUUCCAGAGUAUGUAGCAACGGAAGUUCUUCCUAAAUUGGUGACUAAAACUGGUUCCAUUGAUUUGAACGUACGUCAUGGUGCCAUCCUUGGUAUUGGUGAAGCCAUCCUAGCUUUAUCAAAGACUAAAUUAUCAGAUGGUAAGAUGGCGGACAGUUUGAUAUCGGAGGAGAUCUGGCAGUCUGUACGGGAGCUGGUGGGCAGGCUGCGCGUGCGCCAGCAGUUCCGCGGCCUGGGCGGCGAGCUGAUGCGCCAGGCCUGCUGCCGGUGCAUCGCGCGACUGUCGCAGGCCGCCGCGCCCUGCCAUCACCAUCCCGAUAUUAUCGAUGAAUGGCUCGACCUGAUAGAAGAAUGUUUGGGUCAUGAGGUGCAAGUCAUCCGCGAGAAGGCAAUCCAGGCGCUUCCUGUGGUAUUCGAGCAGUACUUGUCGGACGACAGCUCGCGACAGAAACGGGCAGAGCUUAUGCAGAAGUACUGUCACCAGCUGGCCAGCACUAGUGCUAACGGACUGCUGCUCAGGAUGGGCUAUUCAAGGGCUAUAGGUGCUUUGCCGAAGUUUGUGCUGAGCGAACAUCUGCCGCUGGUGAUUCGUUCACUGAUUGAGUGUACGAGAGUGACGGAGGCGACACAGAAGUGGGCGGAGUCUCGACGUGACGCUGUCAUAGGUCUGACAGAGGUGUGUCACACGCAGGGCAUAGUGGGCGGCGUCGAGAAAUACGUGGAAGAGAUCAUAGACGCGCUACUGGCUUGUCUAUCGGAGUAUACUAUUGAUAUGAGAGGCGAUAUCGGUGCUUGGGUGAGAGAAGCGAGUAUGACUGGUCUGCUGUCUCUGUGCCGCGCGUGCGCAGUGGAGGCGCCGCAGUUGAACAGCGCGCGCGCAGUUUGCGCAGCGAUGCGCGGCGCUGCGCAGCAGGCAGUAGAGAAGAUCGAUCGCACGCGCGCGCACGCCGGCAGGAUAUUCACCGCCUUCAUAUACAAUGAUCCGAUCAUCAGCAACAUCCCUCACCACGAGGCGUUAAAGCGCAUCUUUCCAUACGACGAGGUGGAGCUGAGGGGGGGCGGUGAGGAGGCUGAGAGCGGAGAGCACGCGGUGGUGAGCGAGAACUCUAACGUGGUGCUGUGGCUGUUCCCGGGACACACGAUGCCGCGCUUCGUGCAGCUGCUGCAGUACCCAGAGUACAGGUACAGCGUGCUCAAAGGAUUGGUGGUCAGCGCCGGGGAGCUCACUGAGAGUCUGGUGAAACACACGACACAAUCUCUAUACUCGUACUUGCACACAUUGCACGACGACUUGCCGACGCUACGCAGUGUGUGCGACACGAUCGUGCAAGUGUUCGCGGACAAUUUGCACGUCAAGCGAAUCACCGGGCCAAUGUUCAACUUCCUCGAUAGACUGCUCAGUUCAGGUGCCAUAUCACCAAUACUAGAUGACCCGGAGUCGACGUUCGCAGCGGACGUAUUGAAAUACUUACAACUGGAGCUGCGCGGAGGAAAAAAUAUUUACAAGCUGUUGGACUCUAUAAAUGUUUUGUGUCAAUUGAUACAGGUUGGCGGUACAGUAUGCAGCAAGGCACUGGGCCAGCUCGUCAUCUACUUGUGCUACGCGGACCGCUAUGUGCGCCGCUGCGCCGCCGCAAGACUCUAUGAGGCGCUAACUUUGUACGGUGACACUUGCACUGCGGCGCAACACAACCUCGACCAGGUGAUGACUAUUUUAGCCGAAACGGAUUGGGAAAGAGAUGUCGCGGAACUGAGACCGAUAAGGAAUGAUAUUUGUGAUCUAAUGGACAUCAAGAGGCCCGUCCUCAAGCAAAAGGCGCCUUAAAUGCAAUGGCAUUAAGAACUGGAUUAGCUUACAGCACAAUAAAGUGCGCUUUUUCGCUUUAACACGACUCGAACGCAAACAUUAACACGGAGUCAGUAUUUAUGCUUUAAUUUUGUUUCACUGAAAAUUAUAUGAUUUCUUUGUUUAUGUAUUAACAAAAUAUUGAUUAAUAAUGAAACAGCAUAAUAUGGAAACAGCACAUAGCUCGCAAUUAA